ACCGGAAAUAGCGGUGGAGCCGGUGUCAGUUGCUCAUUUAUUCUGGAGAAGCAGAGCGCGCUCCUCAACAAUGUGCACCAGACUGCAGCCCGUUGAAUGGACCACUGACCUUAAGAACCAGAAUUAUGAUGGGAUUUUAUUGGUGACCCAAAGCUAUGAGACUUUGCCCCCUCAAUUGGAGUGUCUCAAAGCUCCACUGCAAGAUUACAGCUCUGUGGACAGUGGUCUGAGCGAUGAGGUUGUGGUCCUGAAAGUGCCUGGCCUUCCUGGAAAUAGACUUCUGUUCGUGUCCACUGGCCCUGUGAACCGUGACUAUGACGACGUCCGCCGCUUUAGUGAUGCAGCGGUCAAUGGCAUCAAACGGGCUCUUAAAACCGGUAUGCAGCGCCCCCUGUUGGUGUGCCCUGAACAUCCAGAGUAUAAGAAGAGCACAUUGGUGGCUGCUCUUGGGGCCCUUCAUGCACUCUACAUGCCGUUGGAGGUGAGGGAGAGCAAUACCAAGCCCAACGACUAUAAGGUGUGUGUUUUGGGCCUGUGGGUGCCCCAAGAGUCGGAGGGCAAGAGACUGGUGCAGGUGGCUGAAGCUCUGGAGAGUGGCAGAGUGGCGUACCGUGACAUUGGCGGCUCUGACCCCGAGCGCAUGGCUGCUCCUCGCGUGGCUGAUUAUGUGCAGGAGUUGUUCAAGGACAGCCCUGUGCAGGUGGAGGUGGUGAGUGAUGUGAAGAUUCUGGAGAAAGAGUAUCCCUGCCUCGCUGCGGUGAAUCGAUGUGCAAACUGUAUCCCUCGUCAUCAGGGGAGGGUUAUCAAACUGCAAUACUGUGGAGACGGCCCAAUUACAACAACAUUGAUGCUGGUUGGAAAAGGCAUCACAUAUGACACUGGCGGAGCUGACAUCAAGGCUGGAGGAUUCAUGGCUGGAAUGCACAGAGACAAGUGUGGAUCCGCUGCUGUUGCAGGGUUCUUCCAGAUCUUGGCCAAACUGAAGCCAAAACAUCUGAAGGUUAUUGGUUCCAUGGCGAUGGUCAGAAACAGCGUAGGCUCAGAUUGCUAUGUGGCUGAUGAGCUGCUGGAGUCCCGCGCUGGUCGCAGAGUGAGAGUGGGCAACACUGAUGCUGAAGGACGUAUGGUGAUGGUGGAUCUGCUCUGUGAGAUGAAAGAAAAGGCUGUACGUGAGGUUUCUCCUCAACUGUUUACCAUUGCUACUCUGACUGGACACGCCAUUAGAGCCAUGGGACCGAAUUACUCUAUUAUUAUGGAUAAUGGUCCAGCUCAUCGCUCUGGAAAUGCUGCUCAGUGGCAGAAAGCUGGGGAGGUGCUUGGCGAUGAGUUUGAAGUGUCCCGUAUUAGGCGGGAGGACUAUGAGUUCCACAAGGGAAAGUCUGAGUAUGAGGACAUUCUACAGUGCAACAACCUGCCUUCAUCGGCGACUCCUCGCGGACACCAGACACCCGCAGCCUUCCUCAUUAUGGCCUCUGGACUUGACAAGCAUGGCGUGGAUUCUGAAGCACCUCUGCCAUACUCGCACAUUGACAUUGCUGGAUCCAGUGGGCCUUUUCCUGGUGUACCAACAGGAGCACCAAUCCUUGCAAUGGCAACCAACUACAUCCUGGGAGGGCAAUUUUAAACCUUUCUACAAGGGCCCUAAUAAAGUCCGUCCACAUGUAAAAGGAAAUUCUGCUGCCAGCCACAGAAUGCACUGUUUAACACAUUCUGUAAUACCUCAGCUUAGUCACUCUUAAAACAAAAUGAUCCUCUUUUAAGUGACCUAAAGUGUUUAGAACUCAGGGGUUAAAUUACAAUAUAAAAUACCAACGAUGAACGUGUUUAUAAACUGCAAAAUAAAUGUGGACAUGACAAUUC